ACUUGCCUACAUGCUAUUUUGACCAUACUGGAGAAUGGUACUGAAACAAGGUCUGGUCCCACAGCGGUUCAACAAUCUCCUCAUCUAGCAGAAUUGUGUUACCAGGUGAUCUAUCAGUUGUGUGCCUGCUCAGACACUUCAGGCCCAACAAUGAGAUAUUUGAGAACCAGCCAGGAUUUUUUGUUCUCUCAGUUGCAGCAUUUACCAUUUUCUGUCAAAGAGCAUGAGAUUCCAGCUUUGAACCAGAUGUCCUGGCUAAUGAAGACGGCCUCUAUAGAAUUGCGUGUUACUUCACUGAACCGCCAGCGUUCUCACACACAGAGACUGCUGCACCUCCUUCUGGAUGACAUGCCUGUCAAAUCCUACUUAGCUGAAGGUGAAGGAGGCAUAGAAGAUGAAAGCUGGUCUGUUAGCGGGUUUCUUCAUUUUGAUACUGCUGCCAAAGUACGCAGGAAGAUCUUGAGCAUCCUAGACUCAAUUGACUUCAGUCAAGAGAUCCCAGAACCUUUGCAGCUGGAUUUUUUUGACCGUGCUCAAAUUGAGCAGGUCAUUGCCAACUGCGAGAACAGAAGUGCACGUGGACCAGUUAUCUGCAAUGUCAAGCAUCUCCACAAAGUUCUGAUUGCUGAAGUUAAUGCCCUACAAGGAAUGGCAGCCCUUGGGCAGAGACCUUUGCUCAUGGAGGAAAUCAACACAAUUCUCCAGUAUGUUGUGGAACGGAACAAGCUCCUUCAGUGUCUCUAUGCGAAGCGGCAUGCUCUGGAGUCCUGGAGGCAGUUGGUGGAAAUCAUAUUAACUGCCUGCCCACAGGACCUUAUACAACCUGAAGAUAGGCAGCUUAUUAUCCGUGAUCUCUUACAAGAUUUGCAUGACAAGAUCCUGAAUGACGAUGCUGCUCAGGAGUUAAUGCCUGUUGUGGCGGCAGCCGUGUUCACCCUGACCGCCCACUUAAGUCAGUGUGUGCGAACAGAGCAAAAGGAGCCAUUUGCCGUCCCUUUGCCUGGGCACUCGCAGUUUGUCUUGAUGCUGGAUGGUUCUUUCACAACACCACCUGGUUCUGAAGGCAUGGUGGUGGGAUUCGCCUCUAUCGGAGACUCUUCUCUACAUAUCAUAUUGAAAAAGAUUCUGGAUUUCAUUCUGAAAACAGGUGGUGGCUUCCAGCGAGUGAGAACACACCUGUAUGGAUCACUGCUUUACUACUUGCAGAUUGCUCAGAGACCAGAUGAACCGGACACCCUAGAAGCAGCCAAGAAGACCACGUGGGAGCGUUUAACAGCGCCUGAAGAUGCUUACAGUAAACUGCAGAGAGAGAACAUGGCAAUUAUUGAAAGCUAUGGUUCUGCCCUAAUGGAGGUGGUCUGCCGAGAUGCCUGUGAUGGUCAUGAAAUUGGACGGAUGCUAGCACUAGCCUUGCUUGAUCGCAUCAUCUCUGUAGAUAAACAGCAGCAAUGGUUGUUGUAUCUCUCCAACAGUGGCUAUCUAAAAGUGCUUGUAGAUAGCCUAGCAGAUGACGACCUCAAGCUGCAAAGCUUACUCACACCCCAGCCUCCUCUACUUAAAGCACUGUACACCUAUGAGUCAAAAAUGGCAUUCCUGACCAAAGUGGCCAAAAUACAGCAGGGAGCACUAGAGUUACGUAGAUCUGGAGUGAUUGUGAAGCUUGCCCAGUGUCAGGUAUAUGACAUGCGACCGGAAACAGAUCAGCAGGGAAUAUUUGGAAUGCGAGAAACGCCCGUCUUUAUUCCGGCUCCUGUAGAACGCUAUCGCCAGAUUCUUCUGCCAGCUCUUCAGCUCUGCCAGGUCAUCCUCACAUCAAGUAUGGCAGAGCACGCACAGGCUGCAGGACAGGUUUUGCAGUUCCUAAUAUCACAUUCAGAUACUAUCCAAGCAAUCUUGCGGUGUCAAGAAGUCAGUGUGGGGUCCUUGCAAGAACUGGCCUUGCUGACUGGGAUAAUCAGCAAAGCUGCUCUGCCUGGUGCACUAGGUGAUUUUGACCUUGAUGUUACUGAAGGGAUGCAGAUUGAACUGCAAGGACAUAUUGGGCGAUUUCAGCGCCAGUGCUUGGGCCUCCUAACAAGGUUUGGUGGUGGUGAUAGAUUGCGUCAGUUUAAGCUGCAAGACGAUCAAGCAGAGGGAGACAAAGUGAACAAGAGAGAUGAAAUUGAACUGGCCAUGCAACAGAUCUGUGCCAAUGUGAUGGAAUACUGCCAGUUGCUGAUGAUGCAGUGUGCCCCCACCUUCGAGCACACAGUUUGCCUCUUCACUCCUAGCCUGUCUGAGACCACUAAUCGAGAUGGACCUCGACAAGAUCCACAAGCAGCGGUGAUUCCUUAUUGGCGUUUGCCUGGCUUGGGUAUAAUUGUCUAUCUGUUAAAGCAGAGUGCCAAUGACUUCUUCAGUUACUACGACAGCCAUCGUCAGAGUGUUAGCAAGUUGCAGAAUGUGGAGCAACUGCCACCAGAUGAGAUAAAAGAGUUGUGCCAGUCAGUUAUGCUCGCUGGAGUAGACAAAAUUUCUACUACCCAAAAAUACAUCUUGGCAAAGCGACGGUUGGUGAAGUUGAUCAACAAUCGAGCCAAGUUGCUUUCUCUGUGUUGCUAUAUUAUAGAAACGUGCCUUUUCAUUCUUUGGCGGCACCUGGAACACUAUCUGCUACACUGUACCCCUACGGAUUCUCAGGAUUCUCUUUUGGCCUCCAGGAAUCGAAUCAAGAGCAGAAGAUUACAAGAUACCUUCAAUUCAGAUCCUAACUUCGAUUUUAAAAGUGGAUUGAGCAGAGUGAGCCAACUUGAUAUAGAUCAGCUUCAGAUUGAAGCCAUCAACAGUUUUGGGGAAUCGCUGCAGAAGAAGCUCCUUGACAUUGAAAGUCUCUAUUCUAAGGUCCGAUCACGCUACACUUUCAUUCAAGCACUCGUUAGACGCAUCCGUGGACUACUGAGGCUAUCAAGGACCUGAAGACUUAUGCUUUUGCCUCACUGAAGUUAUUUUUUGUACAAGUGUCAUUUUCUAAAUUAUGGUCAAAACUAUUUUGCUAUAUUUUUUCAUUCAAAUAAUGAAUCAGUUUUGUGUAAUUCUUUCUAUAUCCACCUAUUGAAGGGGGGGGGAAUAAACAUUUUUAAAAUAACAUACAUACAUACAAAACAAAACUAUUAUGGAUAGGAGAUGUAAUUUAAAAGAACAGAUUAAUCAGAAAUGGGAUCUUGGCUGAUUUUUCACAGCUGUAACAAGUACAAACCAUGCCGAUGGGAAUAAAGAUUGUUUUUUGGGAUUCAAUUCUUUGCUGAUUGCCAAAAUAGAAGUAGAAAACCAAUCAACCCACUUCAUAAGUAACCACUCUCCACGUCAGCUGUACUCUUGCCUUACUGCUUCCAAAAGAGAAGUAGUAAUAGUUUUGUAUAAUAUGCAGUUAGGGAUAAAGGGAAAGCAAUGUAUCCUGGGGAAUCUAGGUUACCAGAUUUUACUUAUUUUAUUGUGUACGUAUUCAUUGUGAAAACUUCUCCAUUCAAAAGUGGAUGAUGUGCUUAAACCAUUAAAACCCUCACUGAUUUUAAAACUUAA